GUUCGAAUUCUCACAACACGCAAGCACAGCUCAGUCCCGAGGCGCAAAACAAACUGAAAAUAAAAACCAUAAAAAUCUCAGCGAUGCGUGUAUCAAGUCGUCUUUGGCAGUCAUGCCGCAUCACGCUCUUUACGCGCGAGAACUGCGGCCUCUGCACAAACGCCAAGGCCACCCUGUCCACCGUAUGGGACGAUCGGCCUUUCGUCUAUCGUGAGGUCGACAUUAUCAAGCCCGAGGCCAAGUCAUGGAGAGAUCUCUACGACUUUGACGUUCCCGUUAUUCACGUCAGCAAGGCUGAUGCGCCAGAGGAGAAUCCACAGCUUUCAUCUCGUGCCUUGAAGUUGAUGCAUCGCUUCACCCCGGACGAGGUCCAGGCCAAGAUGGAUGCCGCUGAGAAGGCCUAGAAUGUGCCAAUUCCCAGAAAUACAUUGCUUCACUGGUCGGCCAUUGAAUCUCUACCUCGUUCGAUAAUUGUUUUCAAUUCCCUCGACUUCACUCCAAUAUUGACCAUUGUCAUCCACGCUAUAUCCACCACUUAAAAUACUACAGCCAUUCCGCAAAGCAGAAACAUCUGAAGGAAGCUUAGCCUGAACAAUCUUACUGUAUUUGAUAAUUGUCUAAUUAUUAAACGAAUACGUCCUUGUAUGCAAAUACAAGUUUCACCCUUCCUACUCUACGACUUGGGACAAUGAUUCCGUCUCCGUCCCACGACAAUUCUAGCAGACAUGCCGUCUAAUAUCCACCCUUCGCUCCGGGCUUACCCUCCCCCCUCGCAACCGCAACCCUCUCCUCCAUCGUCCCCAUCAACGCCGUCAGAUCCGUCGCGACGCUGAUCAUGCCCCAGCCGGCGUCGGCGCAGGCCCUGGCCAUCUCGGGACCCGUGCAAAAGAUGCCGCUAACCACGCCGGCCCUGUCCGCCGCGACCCUGACGCUCUCCACGGCGCUGGUCAGCUCCUGGCUCAUGACGCCGUCGAGGAUCGGGUGGCCGAUGUUGUUGCCGAGGUCAAACGGCCCGACCAGGACCACGUCGACGAGCGGCGCGAUCUCGGCCACCGCCUCCAGCGCCUCCCGCGUCUCGAUCUGCACCAUGGUCAGCAGGCUCGAGUUGGCCGACUGCAGGUACGUCGUCAUGGACGGCGUGGGUGAGAAGGUCUGCAUGGCGAAGGGCGAGCCGAAGCCUCGCGUCCCCUCGGGUGGGAACUUGCACGCCGACACGAGCGUCUUGACCUCUUGCACUGUUCUGAUCAGCGGUACGAGUAUCUGUUUGAGUGUAUGUCAAGGUUAGUUGCCGACUGUAAUGGCCAUGGAAAACGAC